UAUGCGAAAUUUUUUAUAACAAUUUUAAUUUCAGAUUAUUUCAAAAUGAGUUAUUUGGAGAAAAUCGAUGGCUAUUUGGAUUCCUUAAAAAUUGGCAAAAGUGCUAUGGUGGACUCGUGGUUCAUGAUGUCAAGUCCGACGCCCAUCCUAUCAGUUGUGAUUGCUUACCUCCUCUUCAUUAGAAUCGGACCUAGAAUUAUGAAAAAUAGACCACCAUUGAAAAUUAACAAGCUCAUAAGUUACUAUAACGCCGCUCAAGUUGUGCUAGCAACGAUGAUUUGUAUGAAGGUAUUUAAAUUGAAUCUGUUCCGGGACGGUAUCAUAUACGCUGGUUGUCGAUAUCCCGCUAAUACUCUGAAUCCUAUGCUUCUCGAUUUGGGCUGGUGGUACUUCUUCGCUAAGUUUACAGAACUAUUAGACACUGUCUUCUUUGUGUUAAGAAAGAAGGAAAAGCAGUUGACGUUUCUGCACGUGUACCACCACGUGAUAAUGGCGUUGUACUCGUGGAGUUACCUCAAGUUUGCGGCGGGCGGUGAGGGCGCUGUGCUCGCGCUGCUCAACUCCGCCGUUCACGUGGUCAUGUACACAUACUACUUGCUGUCAGGCCUCGGCCCGCACUUCCAGAAGUACCUCUGGUGGAAGAAAUACGUCACCACCAUGCAACUGAUACAAUUUGUUCUCAUGUUGACGUACUGUGCGUGGACGUACUUCUCACCUCGCUGUCAGUAUGCACCCGGCUUCACCUACUUCAUAUCCGCCAAUGUAACUAUAUUUCUCAUACUAUUUCUCAAUUUCUACGUCAAAAAUUACAAGUUGCAAAAGAAUAGACAACAUAAAACAAUGACCAAUGGACACAAAGACAACGUAAAUGGUGUAAAUAAUUGCAACGAAGAUGUUAUCGGAGAUAUCUGUAAAGGCAUUCCUAAUUUAGAAGACAUACCUUGUAAAGUUGAAAAAGCUUGUGAAGAAAUUAUCAAAGAUGGCAAAGAAUAUUUAAAAAGGCGUAGCGUUAAUUCUUUUGUCCCUGAAUGUGAUUAUGACAGUUUAAUUAACAAAUGACUCUGUAAUAGUAAGUCGGUAAGUCGUUCACUUGAGACUGAUGUUUGUGAUGAAGCUGAUGGAAUUUUAACUAGAAUAAGGAAAAAGAUUAAUAGAAAAGAUGUUGAAAUGAGCGUAAUUUAUUUUAUUUCCAAACUAUUUCGAUGCUAUAUUAGAUUCAUUAUUAAAAUAAAAAUUACAAAACCUCUCUGACCAUUUUAAGCU